CUCGGUUGGGCUUUUUUUUAAGCAUCGAAAACCGUUUAACUUGUUUAGGAGUCGGGGGAUGGGUUGUGCUUAUUCGUCUUACACUUUGAUUAAUUUGACGACAAUGCGCAGUUUGUUAAUUGGGUCCGUGUAAAAGACAAUUACAAGUUAGUUUAGCUUAGCUCAGAUAACGUCGCACAAAUUGACGUCACAACUCCCGUCACGCAUGACGCAGCCGAGCGCCAAAGUCAAAACACCUCCGCACAGAGGGGAUGUGGAUUUCUUUACAAUGCGAAACAAACUGAAACGGAGCAGAAACCACAGGCAGACGACGUGUGCGAGCGACGAGCGAACACACACCACCGAGGCGACGGCGGCGUCAGCACAGGUGAGCUGCUCCAACGACAAACCACCAGCAGAGGAUGACGAUUCGUUCUCGCUGGUCGCAGAAGUCAAACGUGGCUUUUCCGAACGUGAAAUUCAAACACUGCAGGAUCGAAGGAAGUUUUGCUGCGCGACAGACGCUAAAAUCGCGCCCAUUUUCUUAUCAAGUAAGUGCAAAGGGAGCAGGAAUGCCCAGCUCUGCCCGCCUGCAGGGAAGCUGCAGGAACCGGUGCCGCCUCCUCCUCAGCAUCGGUCAUCAACAUUCACAGUGGCUCACCUGAGCGGGACAGAGGGGCCUGGAGGGCAGCUGUCACCCUCAUCCCUGCACGACUGCGUGGAAGAAAUCAAAUGGUCGAAUCCUUCAUUUCCUGUCCUAACAAUGUUCAGCACUUUGCAGAAGAAAUCAGGUGAAAGACUGCAGGAAGCUGGAUCCACGGAGGGCUCCCUUCAUCCACGCUCCCAACAGCACCACUCGAAGGAGAAGAGGAAACAAGCAGAUGGAGGCUCUGAGAGGGAGUCGAAGCGUCUGAAGUGCAGUGCAUCAGAGGGCAGCGUCGGUUUGGAUGGGUGUCACCUGUCGGCACAGGGCGUCCAGGAAGGCUUCGUGAAGAAGCAGCCGAGGAGCAGUAAGCUGAGUCGCACUCGCAGACUGAAGCAGAAAAGUCUUGCAGGCCCGGACAACAACUUUGCGCUGGACUCUGAACAGAUAAAUGUCACAGAAUGUGACAGCCAAUCACCUAUAAUCCAAGAUAUUCUCCACAGAGAAGCCAGUUUUGAGGAUGUUCUCUGGACAGACAAGUACAGUCCUCAGCAUUCAAGUGAAGUCAUUGGUAACUGUGUCUCAGUCAAUAAACUGCACAGUUGGUUGAAGAAAUGGAAAAUAAGAGCAGACUGUGACGAGAGGAGAAAAAUGGAGGAAAGGAGGGAUGAAGAUAACAGCACGGACUCGUGGGACUGUGGAGACUUCCAAGGUGAGGCCGGUGCAGAGGACGACAGAGAGGAUCCACUGUGUAACACCACGCUGAUCACAGGGCCUCCGGGUGUGGGGAAGACCGCCGCAGUGUACGCCUGCGCUCAGGAGCUGGGCUUCAAGGUGUUCGAGGUGAACUGCUCCUCACAGCGCAGUGGCCGCCACGUUCUGUCCCAGCUGAAGGAGGCCACCCAGUCCUACUUGGUGGAGACGUCGGGCAAAGAUCCACUGAAGCCAGCCUUUCUAAACAACUACAACACCAGCAGCUGCGCUCGUAAACAUGAGACUUUACCCGUUAAACCAGUGCCUCCUCAAAAUGUCAUCUCUACCUCAAAAAAGAAGGCGGCACAGAACUCUGGCCGCUCUAGUUGCAAAGGAAAAGCUAAUGUAGCCGCAGUCACUUUGGCCAACUACUUCAAGGUGAAGGCCAGAGCAGAUCGCUUGCACUUUGAUGGCACGUCGCCAUUCGAGAAACCAGACGGCAAGAAAUUGGGCAACUCAUCACGGAGCUGUGAUCAAACAGUGUCACGGAGCAAAAAGACAGCCACGUCACUCAUUCUGUUUGAGGAGGUCGAUGUCAUAUUUGACGACGAUGUCGGUUUCCUCGGAGCCAUCAAGACUUUCAUGACGACGACUAAAAGACCAGUCAUUCUGACCACCAAUGAUCCUUUGUUCAGAGAGAGAUUCAACUGCUGCUUGGAGGAAAUCGUUUUCAAAACCCCUUCAGCGGUGAAUGUGUGUAGCUACCUGCAGCUGGUGUGUUUGGCUGAGAACGUGCGACUGGAGUUGGAUGAUGCCAGCAGCCUCCUCAGACAAUUGUGUGGCGACGUCAGGCGCUGCCUGCUGCAGCUGCAGCUCUGGGUGCACAGUGGUGGAGGGCGGGCGGCUCAGAGCGGAGGCUGUAAGGAGCCCAUUCGUGUGCAGUACACGUAUGCUGCAGAAGACGGAGACAUUUUGGAUUCCAGUCUUCCUCCAUGCGACACAAGCUGCACUGCCAGCAUGCUGGGCCUCCAACCUGUGAACCAAAAGCAACUUCUGAAUCUUUUAAAGUGUCAUCACUGGUCGGAAACGGACACAAACAAGCUCCUGGGGCUCUUAGCUGAGAGCUGGAGAGGAGGUGUGCCUCUUCUCUACAACAACCUGGAGCUCCUUCUGCCAAAGGCAACCUCAGUCCAGUACCUUGACAGGGUGUCUUCUUCUGGGCUACAGAGUGAGCUGGCCCCCUUUUACACUGAUCCUCUCUGCCUGAGGCUCCAACCAAAUUUGAGCCCAAAAGCGUCAGCGACCGACAGAAAAUCAGUUUGGAAUAUCUCCAGACUUAGUAGAAGGAAAUGUACCGCAACAUCACCUUCUACUUUGACACACAAACCUCGAAGAACCUCAUUAAUAUUAUCAAAGGGGGCUCGUUCAAGAAUCCCUAGGUCAAGUGACAACUCGGAACAAAUGUCAGCCAAAGUGGCCACCGACUCUUUCGAUGCGCUGACAGACUUCUUUGACCUCAUGUCGUACCUUGAUGUCACGCUGCCAGCUGCAGCUCCGCUCGCUGCAGGCUUGUACAGACCUGAGUCUGCGUUUGUCUGGACAGGAGCAGAGAUAAAGGACGGCUUGUUGGAUGAGUUGAAUGAGGAGGAGGGUGGCAGCAGCUGGAGCCAGGAGAGGCUGUUGGACAUUAAAGCUGCUGCUGAAGGCUUGGGCUGUCACAGAUGCUGGUGGCAAGUGUCUCAGGCUUGGACCGAAGCCCAAACGUACAGACGAGAGCUGGAGGAUGAAAAGUGGGUGAAGAUGGUGGAGAGACUGACAUUCCCUGCCUCUGCCAAAGGACAGAGCCUCAGAUUUAGCUUUCAACCUCCGUGUGCACCACUUGUGUCCCGAAGGAGGUACGAGUUGAGCAGGAUGGUGCUGAGCAGUAAAUCGCUCAGCCUGCUUGGGAACAGACGAGCUGUCGGUGCCGACUACAUGCCAGUGCUGCGCUCCAUCUGUCGCUUUCAUCGAGCACAGCAGCAGAAAGAGGAGGCAGUCAGGUGUCCGAACUACCUCAGGAGCAUAAACCUGGGCCUGUCAAAGUCAACUCUUCAACUCCUGGCAGAAGAUUUCUCUUAGAGCGAAAUGUGGAAACACUACCUCACCUUACAGUCAGUAUUUAUAUUUUACUGAAUCCUGUAAAUCAACUGAAUUGUUUAAUAUACACGCAAAAGAGCAACAAUGAAGAGUAAAUAAAAAAUACAAAAAAUUGUAAAUAA